UAUAGCCUCCUUUUAUAGUGUUGUGAUGGACUUCACAAUGUGAAAUGUUUACUGCUCAAAACUGUACUUUGUGUUGAUAUGCCUGAUGCUAUUCCCAUGGCGUUCCAGGGUUCAAAAAAUAUGGACCACUGCUUGACCUCUGCAGCCUAUUCACAGGCAUUUGAAGCGAAGUCGGAGUUGGUGUAUCAGAAUUUGACAGAGCUGAGGCAGGAGCUCACAGAGGAACCAUCUUGUCUCAGCGAUAACUUGAUCAGUCACCUGGAAGAAUGGGAAACGCAUACUGACCAAGCAACUGGACAGCCCUUCUACUACAACGUGGUGACUGGAGAGACUACCUGGGACUCCCCAUUUGAUAGCCCAGACGGGAAGGAACCACAAACCCCACGUUCCCGCACUUCCAGUACAAGCAAUCCCUUUGUGGAAUGGGAAUCGCAUCUUGAUGAAAUCAGUGGGCAGACCUACUACUACAAUCCUGUAACUGGAGAGACUACGUGGGAACGACCAGAACAGCUGGAGGAAGAUACGGCAGAGAGCAUGGAUAAUCUCCGGGACCAGAGGCCUCCUACUCCAGAAGAGGAUUACCCAGAAUUCAUUGAGGAGAGCCCUCCAGCUCACAUUGGGUCAUACUUAGGUCAUCGGCGGCAGCCAUCAGCCUGGUCACAGGAUGAGUACAGCGAGCCACAGUCACCAGUGGACUCACCAUUAUACCAACCGAUAGAACCACAGACUCCCCCAGGCUGGUCCUCUGAGCUGGACCAAGAUGGACAGCUGCUUUAUACCAGUGAAGUUACGCAAGAAAAAUGGAUAAGGCAUGUUGACAGCAAUGGCAAGUUCUAUUACUAUAAUCCAGAAGGAGCCAAAUCUGAGUGGGAACUUCCUCAGUAUGGAACUCCCUCCAGUCAACUCAAUGCAGGGAAUGGAGUGGAUCAAGAGGGAAAUUUUGUUUUCUCAAACUGGCGCCAUGGCGUUGCUCCGAAGCCAGUUCUAUCAGUGCGUUACAAUACAGAGGAGAAGGGACCAAUAGUUAUGCACAGGCGAAAUGCGUCUGAUUACAGUGCCGAACUCGCACUUGGGAACCGUGCUGAUAUCCUGCUUCCCCACUCUCAGUCGUUGGAUAAAGCUGGAAUUCUAAACAAAGCCAAGGUGGCAGAUAAUGGCAAGCGUAUGAGGAAGAACUGGGCAUCCUCAUGGACUGUGCUGCAGGGUGGAAUUCUGACCUUUUAUAAAGAUCCCAAGAGUCAGUCCGCAGGCACACUGAAACAAGGUGCUGGCCAAUUUGUAUCUGAAUAUACGGUUGAACUGAAAGGAGCGAGUAUCGGCUGGGCAGCAAAGGACAAAUCGAGCAAAAAGAAUGUUUUAGAGUUGAAAACCCGAAGAGGCUCAGAGUACCUCAUACAGUACGAUACCGAGUCUGUCAUCGGGGACUGGUAUAAGACAAUCAGUGAAAGUAUCAAUCACCAGGUGGAUACUAUCAGCACAGAUGAUGUUGAUGCUGAUGUAACUGGACCAGAGAAAUAUAACAGCAAAGACAAGGAUGAGAAGAGGAUUCGUGGGGUUCCCAGAAGUACCUCGGUCAGCAGUACUGAAACCACAGAUCACAAGAAAGUCAAGAUCAAAUUGAAAAGAUUCUUGCAGCGGAGACCAACACUGCAAAGUGUGAGGGAAAAGGGUUAUAUCCAAGAUCAAGUAUUUGGCUGCUGUUUGGCAGACCUGUGCCAAAGGGAAAACACCACAGUGCCACAUUUUGUGAUGCAGUGCAUUCAAGCUGUGGAGAAACGAGGUUUGGACAUUGAUGGCUUGUACAGAGUCAGUGGGAAUCUGGCGAUCAUACAGAAGCUACGUUACAAAGUCAAUCAUGAAGAAAGUGUGAACCUGGAGGAAGGCCCAUGGGAUGAUGUCCAUGUUAUCACUGGGGCCCUGAAACUCUUCUUCCGAGAACUGCCUGAGCCACUUUUCCCAUUUAACUACUUUGAGAGUUUUAUCAAUGCAAUGAAAUUAGGAGAUCCUGGACAGCGUUUGACAUACAUCAAAGAUUUAAUCCAUUCACUCCCUGUGUCCAACCAUGAUACCAUGCAAGUUCUCUUCAAACAUUUGUGCAAUGUGAUAGACUACCGCAACCAGAAUCGGAUGAGUUCCCAGAGUAUGGCGAUUGUGUUUGGCCCCACCCUCCUGCGACCAGAGACAGAGACAGGAAACAUCGCAGUCCACAUGGUCUACCAGAACCAGAUUGUAGAGUUCAUUCUUAAUCAAUACCGAAACCUUUUUAAUGAAAGCCAGGAAUUGACCAUUUUUAGAUGAGCAACAGAAUGGGGCAGUGUAGCCUAACAGAGGACUGGUGUGUGUAUGUAUGUGUGCGUGUGAGUGCAUUCCUAGAGUAAUAAGGAGUUAGAUGUGUCUGCAUGCAUUUGACCUAGCAGACAUAGCCUUAUGCAAAAAGAAGAAAGGCUGUUUCUCAGGACCUGGUCUGACUCAACUUCAUGUUUAUAGAUGGAGAAGCAUUAUUCCAAAUGGGUCACAUUCUGGGUGGACAGUGUCUUGAGCCCUGAGGCACAGUACAAAUGAGCCUUCUCAUCUGAUUGACAACUUUGCUUUGCUGCUGUGCCUGUGGUUUUUGUUUUCAAUAUUCCGAGAUCCUUAUGUCUGGAUCCAGCCAAGGUGCUGUGCUUAUUUCAACUCGCGCCUGGAAAUGAUUUUUGGAGAAAGUCUUUCUAGCUGCUGCUUUCACUGUGUGGCUCAUGGUAGUCCUUGGGAUUCUGCCCAGCAAGAUUAAUUUGUUAUGAAUCAGCACACAGCACUUUAAAGUGUGCUUUUCUCUCUCUCUCUAUUCUGAGGCAUUUUUACAUGUGAUCUGAAAUCAGUAAUAAGAACUGGAUCUAACUUCCCAAGGUAUUGGAUGUUCAUGUUUAUGUAUUGCUAUUUAUUGAUAUUGUGUAUAAUGAUUGAUUGUGCAGUUUAUGAAAGCACAUUGAAUUGGGAAAAUUGUAACACUGGAGAUUAUAUCACACAUGAGUAACUGAAACCUGUGGGAGAAAGUCAUAUUGAAAAUGAUUUAUCCGGGCUGUUAAGUCAGAUAGUCAAGCAAGCUAGGGUUAUAAUGCUGGAGUUGAACUGAAUACACUGUGUUCUUACAGCAAUGUAAUAGUGUAGUUUCCUCUAACACUUCAAAGAAACUGUUUUACUCAAAAAGGACAUUCUGACGAUGGAUAGUACAAUUGUGGUAGGUAGUGUGAGGUGGAGUUUAGAGGAGUUAGAAUGUGCACUUUAGCGAAUUAUGAAGAGUCAUUCCACUGUGUAGUUUAUUUACUGUACAACUCCUGAUGUUCUCAGAUUACUUGAUGAUCAAGUAAUUUUUUUUUCCCAACUUGAAAACCGAGAUAAAAGGCCCAUUGUGCAGGAUACCAAUAAAGUUCGAGAAGAGUGGGAGGUCGAAUGAGGUAAAUGAAGUAGUGGUAAAGCAGUGUCAGGUUUAAUAUAAUACAUUACAGGAAAGGGAAGAGUGAGAAAGUAUGGAAUUGACGCUUUCCAAGAAAAGAAUUGGAAAAAAAUGAGUUUGAAGUAGCAGUCGCAUCUUUCUAGAUUCCAUUUCUUUUUCACCAUUUAAAAUAAUACCAAUGUGAAAGGAAAUUUUACUCUCCAGAAUAAUUGGAGUUGACUUUCUGACUUUGCAAUUCCAAUGAGGAACCCCUCACUAACCAUGAAAUUGUGGAGACUUUGUCUCUGAUGUUCCAAGUAUUAAAGGUAGAACAAACUUGGAAUGUUGCAAAUGUCUGAAGCUGGAUCUAGUUAGAGAUUUGGCCAGAAGGGAUCAGCAUUGCUAUGGAGCACAGUAUUGAGGUGCACACAACAUCUGGAAGCUUGCUUAUGCAGAAAGCAAUUAUCAACAAUCUUAGGAAAGGCACAAAAAAGUUGAAGAAUGCAAAUGAACUUAAGGAAGCAAUAGGGAGAAGGAUGCAAAUCGACUUGAAGCAGAUGAUUCCCCUUGUGAGGAAAUCUAGAAUGAGAGGUAAUGGUUUUAGGACAAGGAGUAGCAGAUUGAGUACACAGAUGAGGAAGAAUGGCUUUUUCUAAAUUGUUGUGAAUUUGUGGAAUUCCCCACCCCAGUGCACAGUGGAUGCUGGGACACUGGAUAAAUUUGACGAGGAGGUAGAUAGAACUUUAAUUAGUAACAAUUAAAGAAUAAUGGGAAGCGUGCAGAAGAGUGAAGUUGAGGCUGAGAUAAGAUCGUAUCAAAUGGUGGAGCAGGCUCGGGUUGCCAAUUCCUGCUCCUAGUUCUUAUGUAUGUUUGUAAGAAUUAUUGAAAUACAGAGCAAGCUGGAAUGAUGGAUGACUUUUUGAGAGUUCUGAGACAGUAAUAUGGAAUAGUUGUGCCCAGUGGCAGGAGGAUUAGUAACCAGACGAUGCAGAUUUCAGAUAAUCAGCAAAAGAUUCAGAGGGGAGAUGACGUGCAACUUUUUUUUUAUUUCAAUAGGUUGUGAUCUGGAGAAAGCGGUUGAAUCAGAUUCAGUAAUGAUUUUAAAUGGACAAAUGGAGAUAUACUCAAAUAUCUGUAGAAUGAACAGCUUAGUAGAUUGCUCUGUCAAAAAGCCAGAAUGGGUCCAGUGGGGCUGAAUGGCCUUUUUGUUGUGUUGAAAGAUUCAGCAAUUCUCUGCAGGGUUUGACUUAAGCUCAAUGUUGCCACUAGAAAUAAGGGGAUGGAAAACAUUGUGGGCAAAUGUACCAUGUGUGGUAUAACCUACAGAAAAUGUUGCAGUGCAGCAACAACAAUGUGACAUUCACAACCGUGUGAUCCAGUCAGACACGUCAGAGUUUAUAAAUAUUAGUUGCCCUAGCAGUCUUAAUUCAGAUUCAUUGGCAUGUCAGUUUCACUCUAGAUUUAUAAAAAAUGUCUGUUUAAGAAUCUGUUUAAUUGAAGUCUCCAUUGCAACCCCAAAUAUUAAAAUCCUCUGGGACAGUGGGUGAGCUCAUCAUGUGACCUUCCAUUGAAUCCGAGAGACCAAGUAGGUCACAUAAUGGGAGACAGCAUCAUUGAUCUUUCCUUCAUGGAGAAGAGGUGCUAGGCCUCAGGCAUCAGUGUCCCCACAGAGGUGGGAAUAAACUAGAGAAGUAUAGAGAUGUAUGUGGUGUCAGAGAGGUGGUGAUGAAACAUUUUACCUAGCCUGUGAAAGCACUGCAUGAUGAGGCCCAAACUCCCACACUGUAAUAUUAGAAAUUGAUAUUCAAUAUAGCCACUGUCUCUAAGAGCACUGAAAAUUCCUCAACAUAUUUUAUUAUCAAUAUUUCAGGACUCAACUAUGUCAGUAUUUCUUAGUCCACAAUGUUCAUUUGGUGAACUACCAAUCCCAUUCAGAAUUUCUGGAAGAAAUGCAAACUAUUUGUGAGGUUCUCACUGGGGAGAUGAAAGCCAAAACUGAUAGCAGAGAUUGGCAGACUUUGGUGAUCUACCUUCCAAUAUCCUCCACUAGCACCAUCCCCCUCUGGUAUACAACUGAGCAGCAAUGGCCGAGUCCAUGAAGACAGUUGUAGUCACUCUCGGGCAGUAUCCAGAGAACGCUCCUAAGAAAAAGGGUAAGGAGAGACAUUGAAAUUGAUUACAGUGUUAAGUGGUGAUUCAUUUACUGGAUUGUAAUCUUCACAAGUCUGCUGUUUGAUCUGGGAGUAUCCCUUUGCAAACUUCCGACCUCCAAUAUAAUCUCAUGACUCACCAUAUACAUAAGAACCUCUGAGGCAUUUUGUGAUGGUAGAUGUUAUGGAAAUGUACUAUAACACAAAAAUACAUUCUUUGGGAAGGAGCCAGAAAUUUGCAUGACACCACCCUGAGUUAAAAUUAACAUUUAAUUGAUUGAAAGUAUACUCUCUGGUGGACAAAGGGUGUAAGUUAUUGAUUUGGACGUCUACAUGAUGACAGGGUGGAAAACUACAAAAAUUAUAUUUACUCUGAGAGGUUUGUCAGUAGAUUGCCUUUCUCUUUUCCACAACUCAUUUCAGUUAACUGGCAAUCUUCAAUCCCAUAUUGUUCCUAUACAAUGUGAAGUUCAGUCUUAGUGAGUUUUGAGAAAAUUUGUAGCUCAGGUUGAGGUUCUGGAUGUAAGUUUGCUUGCUAAGCUGGAAGGUU